UGUUUGUUUAUAUACCGGACAAGAAAAGUAUGACGUGUUGGCAAAGAUCGGUCGUAUUUUUGAGCAUGAGCUCCGUGAUCUUAAACAUAAUGGACUUUUAGAUAGCAAUGGUAUUCAUUGGCCUGUAGAGUUGUAUUUCUGUGGUGAUUGGAAAUUCAUGUAUAUAGUAAUGGGAUUAAAUGCUCCCAACGCUAAGUAUUUUUGUUUGUAUUGUAAUUGUGAUGCAGAAUCACAAUGGAAUAUGGAUCAGGAUUGGACAAACUCUGGUAAUUCUAAAUGUAAAAAAAAGCCAUCUCUGUUUCCUGCAAUUGAUCAAGAAAAUUAUAUUCCUGAUGAAUUGCAUUUACUUUUACGUAUAUCGGAUAUUUUAAUGGAAUGUUUUUUUAAUGACUUAUUCAAAAAAAAGGAAUUUGAAAAACAAAUUAAACUGUCUAUUGAAGCAAUAUUUAAGAGUCUCGCAAUUCGGUUUGAAUUUUUUAAGUCUACAAGUAACAAAUGGGAUUGGACUUCAUUGAUGGGUCCAGAUAAAAAAAAAAUGUUAGAAAAAUUCCCUGUAUCACAAUUUAUUUCUGGUACGCAAGGAAAAGACAUUGAACAAUUAUGGCGUGAAUUCUAUCGAUUAUAUAAUGUUAUACGAAAAUCACAACUUUCUAAUCAAGAAAUCGAUCAAUAUAAAGUUGAUGCGGAAAACUGGAUUCGAACUUUUUGCCGUCCAACUCAAGGCUCUAUAAAUUCUUUACAAAAAUAUAGGCUUUAUCGAAAAGCAGAUAUUACACCGUAUAUGCAUGUAUUUGCAAAGCAUAUACCUUUAUUUAUGCAGCAGUUAAAGGCGAAAGGUCUUUCCUUACAAUUUUUUUCUACCUCAG